AUGUGCAGCGAACGACAAAAACGAAUAAGUGAGACGCGGAACAUCGAGCGCACACGGCCGACGCCCGAGCAGAACGGCGGCCAGCCCCCGGCCGGCCAGAAAACAUGCGAGUGCAACGGCGCUGCACCCCCUGGCGCGCAUAACGUGCGCGGACGGCAAUUAUUCGCGGAAAAAGCGCACGAGCGCGUCUCCGACGACCUCUGGGUGGCUCACGACGAUGUCGUGCCCGCCGCCCUCAAUCGUGAUCAGCUCUGCGCCUGGCACGAGCGCCUGCACACGCGCCGCGUUGCGAUACGGCACCACCGUAUCCUGCGUACCCUGUAG